AUGUUCAAGAGCAAUUGGAAGUAUACUAUAAAUCCCAAAACAUUUGAUGAUCUAGAUGCCUCAGAAUUUAAAAAUAAAAAGCGUGGUACUGUGUGCAGCUACAUUUUUUUUGUUCUUAUUUUGAAUUUUUUGAAGACAGCACUCUUUAUAUCAGAUGUUUAUACCUGCAUCAAAUUGUUAGCAUUCAAUUCAUGGUCAAAUAAUAUUGUUCAGCCGUACCUACCUUUCAGAAUCUCUAAAUGGUUGUUCAGUGCUUGUAUCUUAUUCUCAAUUGUGUUGUUAAUUUGGGAACUUAUUAGAGGGUUGCGUGUAUUCCGUACAAAAAAUAUUGCAUUGUCAUAUGUAAAUAAUUUUUGUCAAACAUAUUACUCUUUAAAAAGUUAUUCAACGUUUUGUGUUUUUAAUAAGAUUACUGCUGAUAACAGAUUUCAAAAAAUCGCCUUUUUUACCUUCUUUGAAUUGAAAAAUUGUUUUAGAAUAUUAUUUGCUGAUACACCAAGACAGGUUAUAAAUGGUUUAACUCUAUGGUCAGUAUUAAUUACAACAAGUGACGGAGCAACUUUGGGAGACUUAGAGACAAUAAAUGGGUUACUACAAAAAAUAAAAAAUAUCGCACAGACAAAUCAUGCUGAAGCAGUUAUUCUAUCUUUGAUGUUAUUCUCAUUCGUUAUUUGGUGUAUUUUUAUAACUAAAUUAACCGUUGCUAUGAUCUGUUCCAUAUUUGUAUAUCAUGAAUUAAUAAUGAUGAAUAAGUUCAACGGUUUAAGGGAAUAUGUUUGUGUGACUGUGAAUAUCAAAAUUGACGAGCUAAUAGAAAGACAAUCAAAAUUAAAGGACGGGGAAGAUAUCGAUUCUAGCAUAAAUUCAAUAAAUGAAUUUAGAUUCAAGACAUUGGAAGAUAUAGAAAACAUGCAGGCUUUACCACCAAAUUUAGUAAAGUUGGAUGAUGACGAACAAUCGUUGGAGCUGCAAUAUUACUUAAGGGGAAAAGCUUCCAAGACUGAGAUCAACCAGAAGAAUCCUGAUAAUAGAAUGAGUGAAAUAUUAGACUACCAUGAUAAACAUAUUGGGAAUGAAUAUACAGAAGAUCCUGUUGAUGAUCCUUUGAGAGUCACUUCUAUGAUUUUUGACACAAGCACAAAUUAUUUCAAAGACGAAAUAUACACAUUCGAUAUCAAGAAACAUUUGUUUACCCACAGGGAAUACGGAUGGGUUGAAAUCAUCAGAUUCACUAAGUUCAAUUAUCAGUGA